CGACGUCAUGAAUCAAUGAAUCAGACCAGUCGAGCUGUUGUGACCGACCACGAAGCUGUGCUCCAUUGCUUCUUCCCAUCUCUUGGAUGCUGAUCAACACCCGCCUCCCUGUCCAAUCCAACAUUAACAGCAGUUGAAUCCGCCGGGCCAGGGUGGCCACGACAAGCUGGCGAUGGGUCCGUCAGCAGCAUCAUGAACACAACACGAGCCACAGUUGGCCAGCCGACGACCGAGAGCUCUGGGCGGCCACCGGCCAUCGCCAACCAGGUGCUCGUCCGUCCGGAUUCCCAGCCCCGAGCUCCGUGGCAUGUCCUACGUAUGCAGAGUCGGGCACUGACUAUGCUGGGCCUGCAGCGCACCGCCAACAGGUCACCACCAGCCUUGGACUCUGUGUGGCGCUCCGCGAAAACAUCUCGUCCCAUCAUGGUGAUUCUUCUCGAAACGCUAGAAUUGGAGGGCAGGCUGCUAGCGCCUGAGCGGGACACACGACACCGAGAGGCGCCAACCAGGGACGCCGACAGAUGUGGCUAUCCGGCGCUGUUCCAGCGAGUGCGGCCAAGCGCCGCUGGCCACGCCUAUCCAUCCACUCCUGCUCCCUGUGGCACGUUGGUCCGGAGUAGCGGAGGGCGAAUCCUUGAAUUAGAGUGCGGCGCCCACGCUCUGUGCUCCCCGCCGGAAGGCGCUCCGGCGGGCGGGUCUACCUCGUUCUCGCCUGGCAGCCUCUUGGCCCGCUGUUUCAGCACGCUGGCCCUCACGCCGUCUCAUGGACCCAGCUCCCCCAUUGCGUCGCUUCGGCUGCGCCUGCCUGGCACAAACCAACAUCCUCCCCACCAUGAACGCCAUAUUCUCGAGAUGGCCGUGCUCAAUGGAGGGUCCCCGAGAACAGAUCUCCCGCAGAUCCUGCCAGCUUCAGCUUACGGCCCCUCGGAGGGGAAAGACGUGCAUGCUGCGCACCACAGACGCGCAUCCAGCGCCCUUUGCACAGCGGCGCUUUGGGCCUCACUUCCCGAUGGCCCAUUGCCCAUUGCCCGAAUCCAGCCGCUGGCUGCCCUCUCUCUGCCGCCUGAGAUAUCUGGGUUGGGCCCAUCCAACCAGUGUUGGUUUAGGCCGCCGAGUCCAGUGUUUCGGUACCACUAUUACCAAGCCCGGGUGGCCCCGCUGAGAAAACAUCAGCGAACAUGGUCGACCGAUCUGUCUGGUGCCACCGCCCGACGGCCCAUGGGCACCAGGCGCCCGCACCCCCAUGUCUAUGCUUUCCUGGCAUUCGAGCACCCCACGCGUGCGGACGAGGACCAAGCCAUCACACAGAGGGCCCAACUGCCGCUGUGGGCUCUUGCCGCCGCGGCGCCAUACUCCCCUCGGUAUCGGCAACCAGAUCCUGGCAUCUUCCAGCAACCCCGGUGA